AUCAGAAUGGCUUAUUCUUCUAUAAUAAGAGAUUUAUUAAAUAGAGAAAAAGUAUCUAUAUUUUAAAAUUUCUUAGUCUAAACCAAUAAAUAAGUUGAAUGAAUUCUAUUAAAUUGAUUCAUAAGGCAUAUGUAGGAGAGAUAUACUAGUUUAAUGGAUAGUAGCAGUAGUUUUUUUCAUAUAUAAUUAGUAAGCUUCUCAAUUUGGGCAUUCUCUAAAAACCCUAGAGCUAGCAGUCAUAUAUAUUGAUACUUAUCUUAAUUAUUUUAAGAUAACUUAAGAAUAUUUGUAGUUAUUAGGAAUUUCAGCAUACUCUUUGGCAUCUAAAGUAAUUAUGAAAUAACAUUUAGUUUAAUGAAACAAAUAUGAUGAAUUAAAUAAAACUAUAUGAUUCUAAAGGUUAGAGUCUAUAUUAGAAUAGAGAUUAUGAUGAAAUGGAAGAAUAGAUAGUAAAAGUUAUGGGAUUUCAGCUAAACCACAUAACUUCAUCAGAUUAUUUGAUGGCUAUGAAUAUUGAAAUUAAUGAAAAUAUCUAGAGUUUAUUAAUGUUUAUUCUUUUAGGUAUUUUAUUAAAUUAAUAUAGAUUUCGAUAUUUACAAAAAUUCUCAUAUUGAACUUGCUUUAGCCAUAGUUGCAUAUACUUAAGACAAAUAAAUAUUAUUUACAGAUUAAAUUAUUAAGCUUUCUCAAUUUAUUCAUCAUAAAGUACUGAGAACUUAAGAAGUAGAAAUUGCAAAAUAAUAAUAAGAAGAUUCUAAAAGUAAAAUUAGAAAGUAACAAAUAAACAAAAAGAUUUCUAAAAACAAAGGUUUGAGUCAAUAAAAACCUCAAAAAUAAUCGAUUUGA